UUAUGACUUUCGGUUUAGUUAAAUCAAAGGAGAAUCAAUAUGAUGUUCAAUUAAGUUAAAUUAAAGAAGAACUAAUAAACAAAAACAAGCAGUGAAGAACGGAGUUAGAAACCAGAGCGUGUGCGAAAAUCGUUUUCCUAUAAGAAAAUAACGCAGGUGAUUUAAUGAUUGGGCUUGGUGGUGCCGCCAAAAACUAGCGGCCCAUUCCGAAACCGAAACCCUUUGCCCUCGCGAAUCAUCACGUCUCGGUCUCUAUACACCGCUGCGCCUGCGUGGUGGUAGCCGAAUUGCUACUCUUCAGUCUUCAUAUUUAUCAGUUUCAGAGCUUCUAGAUCUCCGCCACCAAACCCGAAACAUGUCACCGGCUCCACUGGUUCAGCCAGAGGCCGGCGCCGCCGUCGAAGAGGUUCUCUCCGCUGAACAGCUCCUCAAGAACUCUAAUCAGAACAAGGAAGAAGAGGAAGUCGUGGUCGAGGACGUCAAGGACGACGACAAUGACGACGACGACGAGGAGGAUGACGACGACGAAGACAAGGAAGACGGCGGUCAAGAUGGAAAUGAGUCAUCGAAACAGAGCAGAAGCGAGAAGAAGAGUCGGAAGGCAAUGCUGAAGCUGGGUAUGAAGCCUGUUACUGGUGUUAGCAGGGUGACAAUCAAGAAGACCAAAAACAUAAUAUUUGUCAUAUCGAAACCUGAUGCCUUCAAGAGUCCAAACUCUGAUACCUAUGUCAUAUUUGGCGAGGCCAAGAUCGAGGAUUUGAGCUCUCAGCUGCAGACACAGGCUGCCCAGCAGUUCAGGAUGCCGGACAUGAGUUCUGUGAUGGGAAAACCAGAGAUUUCUGGAGCAGCUGCUGGACCUCAGGCAGAUGAAGAAGAGGAAGAGGUUGAUGAAACCGGGGUGGAACCUAAGGACAUUGAUUUGGUCAUGACACAAGCUGGGGUGUCAAGGAGCAAGGCCGUCAAGGCUCUCAAGACACACAGCGGGGACAUUGUCAGCGCUAUCAUGGAACUCACCACUUAAUUGUUUUCCUCGCGCUCAUUGUCAGUUGAUGAUGAGUUUUUUUUAAUCAAUGUCGUUCGUUCACUAUUGUCAUCCAAUCGGACGCGGGUCUAUGUGUGGAUGUAUUGUGCAUUUCUUUUCUUUUGUGGACUCAAAACAUUGGUAGUGAGGUCUUCUGGUUUGCUGAUGUACUUCACUCCUGUGUCAUGAGUUAUUGAGGCUUCUAUUUCAUCCUUUAAUUCUGCCACA